GCCGGAGCCGGAGCGGAGCGGGGCAAGCGGGCAGCAGCUGGGCGAGGAGCCGGCGCGCGCUCCACUGUAGCACAAAACUACAUCACAUAGAUUUGGUGAUGGAGACCAGCUGGACCACACGGCUGCUAAUCCUCUUGGCUGUUACUCUGGUUUCUGUCACAGCAGUCCCAGAAGAGGGACAUCUCAAUUUGACAGACAACAGCAUUAAUGAUGACAUAUCCCUCGAUUCAUUGGGCGUAACUAAGAAUAAAAUUAUGGCAGCGCAGUAUGACUGUUACCAGAAGAUUAUGCAGGCUCCUGCUCAUACAAUUGAAGGUCCACACUGCAACAGAACAUGGGAUGGGUGGUUGUGCUGGGACAGUGCUGCUGCUGGAAGCACCUUGGUACAAAACUGCCCUGAUUACUUUCAGGACUUUGAUCCAUCAGAAAAAGUUGUUAAGAGCUGUGACCAAAGUGGACGCUGGUUUGUACAUCCGGAAAGUAACAAAACGUGGACAAAUUACACUCUGUGUACCUCAGGAAUAGCUGUGAAACUACAGACAGCUUUGAAUUUGUACUAUCUCACUAUCAUUGGCCACAGCCUUUCCCUUGUUUCCCUGUUGAUUUCCCUUGGAAUAUUCUCCUACUUCAAGAGCCUGAGUUGCCAAAGGAUCACUUUGCACAAGAAUCUCUUUUUUUCUUUCGUGUGCAACUCCAUUGUUACCAUUUUUAGUCUUACGAGAGCUGCAAACAGCCAACAAUUGGUCACAGCGAAUGCAGUUGGAUGCAAAGUGGCUCAGUUCAUUCACCUUUAUUUAAUGGUUUGCAGUUACUUCUGGAUGCUCUGUGAAGGCAUCUACCUGCACACUCUUAUAGUGGUGGCUGUGUUUGCAGAGAAGCAGCACCUGCUGUGGUAUUACCUGCUUGGAUGGGGAUUCCCGUUGAUUCCCGCCUGCAUACAUGCUGUUGCGAGAGCCAUAUAUUUUAAUGACAACUGCUGGAUCAGGUCAGAUACUAGCCUACUGUAUAUCAUCCAUGGUCCUAUCUGUGCAGCUCUAGUGGUGAAUCUCUUUUUCCUGUUGAACAUUGUUCGUGUUCUGAUAACGAAGCUAAAAGUCACGCACCGCGCAGAAUCCAAUCUUUACAUGAAAGCUGUCAGAGCCACCCUAAUUCUAGUGCCACUGCUUGGCAUUGAGUUUGUGUUGUUGCCUUGGCGACCAGAGGGCCGUAUUGCCGAAGAGAUUUAUGAUUAUGUAAUCACGAUUCUCAUGCAUUAUCAGGGCUUGCUGGUGGCAACAAUUUUCUGCUUUUUUAACGGAGAGGUCCAGUCCGUUAUUCGAAGACACUGGAAUCAAUACAAGAUCCAAUUUGAUAGCAGCUUUGCUCACUCGGACGCAAUUCGCUCGGCUUCCUACACAGUCUCCUCAAUCACAGAUGGUCAGAGCUUCACUUACAAUCACGACUGCGCCAGUGAACAUUUAAAUGGGAAAAACUGCCACGAUUAGGAACACGUGGUUUUUAAAGUUGAGAAGUUAUAUGGCUGAAUGCAGAAAACUCUUUGUUCCCCUUCAUCCCAGUAAUAUUUUCAGUGGAUGAGCCGCAAGGACUUUUCUUGUCAAACUACCGACACGGAUAUUCUUGAAGGAUGUCAUGAAUUUCAAAGUCUUCCUCACAUGGCCGUAUGCGUUCGCAUAUCCUACAUGUGAGAGUGUGUGUUCUUGUUUUUUAUACUAGAGCUGGUUACACCCAUCAGCUGAUAUUUUAAACCCUCCUCUGAUUCUCAAUGUUCAGGGGAGAACUGGUUGAAAUUUUAAUUGGGAUCAGACCAGCUCUAGUUAUAUGCAUAUAUGUAUAUGUUUUGUGCAUAUAUGUAUCAAAAUAUAUAAACUUUUGCCUUUCAGUUUCUACUGUGUAGACAAAGUGGGCAGUUAUUUUGUAUGAAGGGAAUCAGAGAUGGUUUCCUAUUUUCUCAGAAGUUUGUAUCAUGACUGGGUUGUCUUUGAAGCCAUUUUGUUUUGCUCACAAAAGAACUUGUAAAUACUAUAUUUAUCAUAUUUUGUUGUCUUAAGUGUAGCCAACAAACGCAACCUAAAUAAGCUUUGAAAGCAGAUGUAAUCAUUGCAAAGCACUGUUCAGGUUAACUGUGCAACAUUUAACUCGGACAAAGAUGGAUUGUCAUAGAUAAUAAAUCUGCAGUAUAGAUGAUGACUCCAACCCAAUUAGUUAAGCUCUCUGCCUUCAAGAACUGAGGCUGAAAUCCGAUGCAGACUGGCUUGGAACAAGGCCUGUGGGACUGAACGGGUCUUGCUUUUGAGUAAGCCUGCAUGGGAUCAGGUGACAACUAGUAUCAGCAAGAUUGAGGCAUGAGUGGCCUUGUUUUAACCUUUGUCUUAAAUUGAGUGUGUAGCAAAUGCCCUGAAAAUCUGAGGGCUAAAGUUUGGUGGUGGGCUUCCUUCUUUUCUCCUUCAGCUCCUAAACAGAGCCUUUCAUAACCAAGAGUGUAGCCAUAUUCACCAAAUAAUUCCAUUCUUUUGUAGGUCUGGGGACUAUCUUGCAUCUAUGGAGAUGCUGACAUGGGUUUUCCCAUGUCUUCUAUGAGAGAAUCCAUUUCCCCCAUUUGUGAAUGCUGGUUCUCCAGUGAAGUGAUUCGAAAUACAUGAUUGUGCCUAGUAACCUUACAUCUACUACGGAUCACACAUAUGUUCUAAGAUAAGAAUUUAAAGCAGAGACAAUGGCAAAUUUGCAUUUAAUAAACGAAUUAGAUAUUUUGCUCACCUCAAGGAUGUUGCUUCUAUAGUUAUCUAAUUGUUAAAAAGUCAAGAUGCGGUUAAUGCUUUGGGCUACUGUCCGUCUCCUGGCUCAGAUGUUUAAGGCUAGGCAAUUCUGCUGUGGUUCAGACUUCCUAUGGUAUGGAAACCUGGCUGACAAUAUACAGAUAGGAAAGGCGAUGUGAGUAGGUCAUAGCUAUGUGGAAUCUGCUGAAAAUGGUUGUGGUUUCCUUUGCGUAUAUUGGACAGGUACGCAAGACUAAAAUCUCUCUUAAAUGUCUUGUUCCUUUGGAGAUUCUAGUCCUUGGAAUUUACAUCAGGUGAAUUACUUUGCAAUGAUUUAGUUACUGCAGGCUAGUGAGAGGAGGGGUGCUGAAUGAACUCUUUGAUCACCUCCACUACAAAUGGGAGGAAUCUGAAGUACUGGAGAGUAUUGCUUGGCAAUGGUGGAAAUGGAGAGGGCAGGGUCUGUCUAGUCCAAGUUUCCAAUCUGGAGAGUAGGCAGCAGCAGCCAACCGUGUACAAUAUGGUCAUCUUCUCUAUCAUAGGAUCAUAGGGUUGGAAGGUACCUCUAGGGUCAUCUAGUCCAACCCCCUGCACAACGCAGGAAAUUCCAACUACCUCUCCUCCCCACACCCCCAGUGACCCCUCCUCCAUGCCCAGAAGAUGGCAAAACACCAUCAGGAUUCCUAGCUGAACUGGCCUGUCCCCCUACCACCACCAGUGUGCUUGUGCUGCCACCAAGAUAGAAAAACCCUCCCAAGAAGAAAUCCAUUCUUGUAAAAUGGUAUCUAAGGGGGGGCGGGGGGGGGGGGUCACAUCUCUUGAUUAAGAAAACAAAUCUGGUGUAAACCAAGUCUAAAUGAUCACAAGUUUUUAAAGGUGGGCACAUAAGUUCAAGCACUUAACUUGGUAACCAUUGGGGAAGUAUGUUUGUUGGCUUCUUUAAGGGUUAGUUCUUUUAAAGGUCGUUAUUUUCCUUUUUGUCCUCGAUUUUCAUUCCCCUGAUGUCAGUGGGGAUAUUUGAUGGGCAUGCUGAGAAAUUUCUCAAGGCAUAUACUGAACGCUUUGCUCCAGAAAAGCUGUGGUGUAUUUUCCAACACCCUCUGAAAAACUGGCCGCACUCGUGAAUAUGGUUUAGCUGCUUAAAUCCACUGGAAGUGAAUGGAAGCUCAGUUGUGUGCAGGAUUUUAACCAAAGCCUUAUAAAAAUGCUUCUUAAGGUAUAUAUAUAAGGGCUAACUUAUGAUUCAAAUAAAGUUUCAUUUUCUAAAACCUGUUUCAAAUGGGCAGAAGAUAUUUUAACCUCCAUUCGAGGGACUGUGUAGAAUAUAGAAAGGAUAUAGUUUUAUAGGUUACCAUAGAUGGCUCCAACAUGUACCUCAUUUGUUGCGAGACAAAUUAUGCCUAGGUCUUUGAACAACUGGGGAAACAUAGCAAGCUUGGGUAUUUAAUAUUGGUCCACUUCAGGAUGCCAAAUAAAUUAUUUUCUCAACAUUGCUUAGGAAUAAUGUGCUAUCAAGAGUUUCUUUAGAAAUCUUUCUUGAGAAUAUAAAAAGCCAUGUAAUGCACUUUCAAAGGAACACUGAAGUAAGUGACAAAAUAUAGGAAUGUCAGCAUAUCAAUAUCUGUCCUCCAAAUAAGGGCUGUUUCCACACGGCUUACCUUGUUCUGGAAAACAGUGAAAUCUCGCGCAAAAUCUCACGAGAAGACGCUGUUAUCGCAUCUUCUCGUGCGAUAACAGCAUCUUCUCACGCGAUUUUGUGCAAGAUUUCGCUGUUUUCCAUAAUAAGGUAAGCCGUGUAGAAACGGCCAAGGAGUCGGCAUUUUCUGUAGUAUAAUUCAGGAUGGCCCAGGGCAUUAUUUUGUUGCUUGCUCUUUUUCUGAGAAGUGCUUUAUUUGAUAAGUAACACUGCUGUUGGCAUUUCCUUUUUAACUGAUGAUGAUAGCAGAAUUUUUUUUGUGUGUGUUAAAAAAAAAAUGCUGACAGGAAGCCAGAUAAAACCUUGCUUGGAAUACCGUGUGCUGUGCCUUUGUGAAUUUUUAAAAAAUGCAAAAUAAAAGUGUGUGGCAGAAGGCAUAUGGAACUUUCUGAAACUUUGGGAGCGGAGAGAAUCUUUUAAAAUCUGUAGGUUAUUUAAUGUGAAAUGAAGAGGGAAGUUCUGCUACAGUCAUUGUUUAGAAAAUUAUCAUAGGGAAAGUUUUUAUGAUUUAUAAAAGCACCUUCGUCUUUCUGAAACCUCCUUUCAUGUGAAACUCGAAGUGUUUACCUUCCUCUCACUUCAAGGUUGAACAUUAAUUGUCAUUUAACAGGCUUCAAUGGGCAGCUAAUUUGUUCGCCAUUAGAAUGCUUAAAGAUGUGAAAGGUUCUGCAUUAUUUUUCAUUUUGAUCACUCCAUCACAUUCAGAGGGAAAUACUAGGAACGCUCAAUGAAUAUUUUCUCUUACUUUCAGCAUGCUCCCAGAUGGAGAUUUGACUUCCUCUGAAGUAUUUACUUGAGUGUUAGAAACUUAAAAUAAUUGUAUUCUGAGGGCUCUUUAUUUUGAAAAGCAUGGGUAUUCUUAAGGCUGUGAUUCCAUGGAAGUGCAGGGGAAAUUCACCUGCUUAAGAACCUUGGCUUUCCUUUAAUUCUCUCUUUUUAAAAAUGUUUUUAUUCCUGUGUCAUGUAUAGCCCUUCUGAAGAGGCAUAGUUUUCACGAUUGAAAGCGUGUAGACGUGGAGGUAUUACAAAAGCAUUCAAAUGAUUAUAGAGCUGUUCUCAAAACUAAGCAAAAGAAGAAUAAAUUUUGGAAAAGAAUACACUCGCACAGUUUCUCAAGGCCACAGAGUACAACUUACCUUAGUUCCAGAUUCUAAUAUUUAUUAGUUUAACAGUACACACACAUUCCUGGCUGUACCGUGGGUGUCUGUGCCUAAAGUUGCAUAACGAUACCAUAUUUUGAUGCAUCAUUCUUGGAGAGGUGACACACAAGUUCUGGUCUUCGCUCUACCCAUGACAUCACCGCGAAAGACGGAUGUUUAUGCUAUAACUUUUCCCCUGGAAGUGGGUGUGGUGAUUUGAGUGUAUCGAUGCCUUUCCAAAUCAACACAAGAAGAGGCCUUUUGAUGGGCUGCCAGUCCCUCGACGAGGAUUCUUCUUCAUAGAUUUGAACUUACGGCUGCUUGGGUGACAUGAAUCGAAGGAAAAUGUUGAUAAUUGUCUCUAAGGCAGCUCCGUGGAGCUUUGUAUGUGCUAUGACUUUUAUUGUGAUUUUUAAAGCAGCAACCUUUCUUGCAAAACAUUCACAUGAUACAACACAGUUCCAAACACGAGCGACGGAAGUUUUUAAGCGGCAUGGAACAGUUUGUGACUGAAGAACGGUUUCUAUGGAGUCUAAAAACUUGCAUACCGCUGCAACAAUAAAGUGUUUAAAACCUUCCCUCAUUUAAGUGUCUCAUUCUCAGGGCAAGUUCAAUAGGAAUUCUUCUAAUGAAACUGCAUAGGAAAAACAUGCCCUCUUGCACAGGUUGCUAUCCACCAUGGGCAGACAAGGAACAGCUGGAAGCAUUUGCGUUUGGGCAGCUUGUAAGCACAUUCAUUUAGGGCACCUCGUAGUCACAAAAAAGGAUCAGUGCUCUGUAAGUGGGACAUUCUUGCCUUUAGGGCUCAUACCCCCCC